GAUGUAAAGACACUUCCUCAUCGCUGUUUCAGUCCACUGUUGCUUCUCAAGGAGCGAAAAGAAAAUUUAAGGAAUAUUUUCACAGUUCUCAUGUUUUUCCAUCUGACGUUACUACUUUAAAUCUAAAAGUGACAUGCAAAUGAUAAGAAGUUUCUUCCGGACACCUUGGUCCUCUGACGCAAGGCUCGAUGGGAAAACUGCGCUCAUUACCGGGGCAAACACUGGCAUCGGCAAAGAAACAGCCAUCGACCUGGCGAAAAGAGGCUCGAAGAUCAUCAUUGCAUGCAGGGACAUGGAGAAAGCAGAAGCCGCCGUAAAAGAGAUCAUUGAUAAAUCGGGAAACGAAAAUAUUAGUUGUAAGAAACUGGAUUUGGCAGAUACAAAGUCCAUCAGAGAGUUCGCUGAAGGCAUCAAUAAAGAUGAGCCAAAACUCAACCUCCUGAUCAACAAUGCUGGUGUGAUGAGUUGUCCUUAUGGGAAAACAGCAGAUGGAUUUGAGAUGCAGAUCGGUGUCAAUCACAUGGGUCACUUCCUGUUGACACAUUUGUUGCUCGACCUGAUUAAAAGAUCGGCCCCGGCCAGGAUUGUCACCGUGUCGUCCAUGGCUCACUCCUGGGGCGUCAUCAAUCUGGACGACAUCAACAGCGAGAAGAGUUACAGCAAGAUGACAGCCUAUUCUCAGAGCAAGUUAGCCAACAUCCUCUUCACACGCUCCCUGGCAAAACGACUGGAGGGCACAGGAGUGACAGCGUACUCUCUCCACCCCGGCGUCGUCCAGACAGAUCUGUGGCGUCACAUGAGCGCCCCUCAGCUGUUUGCCAUGAAGAUGGUCAGUCCGUUCACUAAAGACUCCGUUCAGGGAGCUCAGACCACCAUUUACUGUGCAGUGGAGCCGUCACUGGAGAAAGAGAGCGGUGGAUACUACAGCGACUGUGCUCCUGCCAGCUGCUCAGCGGCAGGAAAAGACGACAACGUGGCGGAGAAGUUGUGGGAGCUGAGCUGUCGUUUGCUCUCCAUCACACCAGAAUGAGGCUGAAAUGGUGGAGGUGGAGGGUUACGCUCCGAUGAAUUCUUAUUCCACUGAUAAAACUGUUUCUCACGUGUUUUCUAACAGUCCCUGUUUGUAUUUGUUUACUAACAUACCAUACUACAAUGAUGCACUUUUUAUAAAUAGGAAAAUAAAUCACUCAUGUUUACAUUCCUGAAUCACAGAGGUGACCGUACUCUCAAAUAGUGUCAUAACUACUUCAAUAAUGGUUUCAUAGUGAACAUUAAAAAGUUUUGUUACAAGUCAGGCUGCUGUAUUUUGGUACCUGUGCUAUAUUUUUUGUCAAUAAACUUUGUUACACGCCA